ACGAUCUGUUGUAAUACUACUAUCGAUUAAACGUUCCAGUAUCCUUGGAAACGUUUUUCUCGAGAAGUACAUACGUUUGCGGCUACUCUACUUUUUCUCCAUUCGAUGCCUCAUUUUUUCAAACAUGUCCGAAGAUAUUAACAAACAUUUGCUGUCGCAGUUCUAUGGAUUUCGGGGCGAUGACAGCGAGAGAAAGUUUCUGUCAAGUUCAAAGGGCAUCGAAAGUUUCGAGAACCUGACGGAUGUAGAAUGUCUCAGCACUGAACAUUUAAUUUCUUCGGAAGAAACGGGAAAAAAUCAGUAUACUGAAGAAGAAUCUGAAAAAGUUUACGAUGAAAACAAUGAAGGCAGCUUGUCGAAAUCACCGCACGUCCUGACAAUUGAAGAUCUUUUAAAAGAAAAUGAAAAAACUUUAGAAUCGGAAGAUUUGAACUCUGAGCCCGAAAUAAUCGACGACCCUAAAGACGAUAAAAAUGUUCCUACGAAAAACUUUACAAGAUUGGAAGACACGUUCACCAAAGCGAUGGCCAAGGCAUCGGAAACUCCUGUUCAGGGCGAUAUGAAUUCAAGUAUGACCAGUUUGAAUAUGAGCUUCACCGCAAGCCCGGUGACAAAAGCUAAGAGAUUGUGGCGUCAAAAAACCAUAUUAGCCAGAGAGAACGUGAUAACUUCACCGAAUUUACUAGAGAAAUUUAGCGGCACACAUCUGAAUUUAAACAACGCUGGCAUCUGCGUUUUCCCCGUUGACAUAUUGCAACAACUCACGUGUUUGCAGAUGUUGUAUUUGGACUCGAAUAAUUUAGUGGAACUGCCAGAUGAGAUCUUUACAACACUGAAGAAUUUGAAGUGGUUGGAUGUGAGAAACAACCACUUGGUGAUCAUACCAUCGUGUGUUAAGGGCCAUGCAUCUCUGGAAACACUUUUAUUGCAAGGAAAUAACAUAGAAAAAUUACCUCUGGAACUAGGUCUCGUACCAAAUUUAAAAAACUUGCAAGUAGCUCACAAUCCGCUGACUUUCCCUCCUAAAGAGAUUCUGGAUUUGGAUUGCUCGAGGAUCAUAAAUUUUCUGAGAACUAUGUGGAAUGUGGAGCACCCCAAUGAAACUAUUCAACUCAGAAAACUUUCGGACCAUAAAAUCGAGAAAAAGCCAUCUACGAUAAUAUGCUACCAACCGAGGCCGUUAAUAAAGCUAGUCAAAAGCAGUAGAUACAGCAUGCUCGCUCCAAAGACAUCGAAAACAUCAGUGAGAUCGAAAACUCUGAAUUACAAGCCAAGCAGUAGGUAUGGUUCACGAAAAAGUUCAUGGGCUCUGAAAAGAAUAGACAAUAACAUCGAAACUAAUUUAGACAAUUCGAUCGUGAUCUGCCAAUUUUGCGCCGCGUCGUUGUACCGAAAGGGAGUGUUUGUCGAGAACGAGAUCUGCAAUGACGAUUGCAAACAAAAAGUGCACAAAUCGAUAAAAAAAUAUCAACCUCAGAACUUUCGCGAGACAAAAGUUUAUUCGCCGGAAUCGAUGACCGAAUCGAAUUUUCUUCAUUUACUGGGACCGUCUCCCAGAUCGUUGUUCAUAAGAAAAAAUUUAGACUUUUUGGUCACUGCGAAACGGAAAAACGUGAAAUUGUGUCAGAUAGAGCCGGUGGACUUUAAUUUAAGAGACUACAAGAAAAUAAAAAUGAAAAACAUUACACCACUUCAGAAGGCUAAUGCGAAAGAUAGGAUUUUUGACGUUAUAACUAACGAUAGAGUUAAACUGAAGAUAAAACCAAUGCAAUUGAAAGAGCCAGAGGUGAUGUUUAAUUUUUUAAGAGCUUAUCUUGGAAUCACGACUGAAAGAUCACACGUUAAGGCUAAAAAGAAACGCUAGUUGUGAAGUUUACGCAAUUUCAUGUGUUACUGAUGAGAGUAGCAAAGUUGUUUGUUGUAGCAUUGUAGUCUAUAAUAUACGUUAAUUGAAAAUAAAAAUUGAGAUAAAUUAACUA